AUGUCUUGUUUAUAAAGAGGUUAUGUGUUUAUUUUCAUCAACAAAUUUUGUUCCUUCAGACGCUCGAAUAUAUUUUGUCCAAUAAUACAAUAUUUUUCCGUUAUUAAUGUAUAUAUGCUUCAGCUUUUUUAAAAAGUAUCUUAUUUUUUCUUGUACUAAAUGCAGCCUAUAUUAUUCCAUUAAAUUCAAUAUUUGAGGCAAAUUCUCAUAAUUUAAUCAAAAGGUUGCUUAUUGAAACACAAUUUUGGAGUUGUACUUCAUAAUCUAAUUUAUGAGUAACUUUCGUCAGCAUCACUACAUUUUAGCUGCUUCUAUGAUAUAUUUUAUUUGGACUUGCAGCUUUGUGGCCAUUCGAUUCAUUGUUCAAAAAUAGAUAUGUUCAUUGAUUGGAUGAUAUAAUUAAAUUAUUCAACUAAUGUCUGA